CUACCACCCCCUGACCGAGUGCAGAAGAUUUUUCCACCUUGUCCGCAUUCCCACUCAGCCACUCGCAAUGACGCCAAAAGAGAAACACAUACUGACGAACGAGGAAAUCACAUCGGCCGAGGAAACUUUAGACAACAUCUUUCGUGUGACAUAUCCUGGCGAGAUCAACGAGCUAGCCACUCUGGUUGCAAAAGGGAAGAAAGGACGACGGGUUCGUUUCUCGUGCUCGUCAAUUUCGGCAUUGCCUUUCGGACACGGGAAAACGGAAGUCGUAUCAGGCGCACUUGUUCAUCAGCAAAAAUCUGGCCACGCUGCCACGCCGCUGUAUACCUCGGGAUCCGUUGUCUGGACCGCAAUCCGAGGUACCGGGUGGCAGCUCGAUUUAACAGAACUCCAGGGUUUAUAA